AUUUUGCUUCACAGUCCGUCUCGUGACGUCACAGAAAUCAUGGCUUUGUCCAGUGUUUUUAAAGCAGGUCUUUUCAAUCACAAAGUUGCAAUCGUGACGGGAGGUGGGACUGGGAUAGGAAAAUCUAUUACUUCUGAGCUCUUACAGUUAGGAUGCAAUGUGGUCAUAUCAUCCAGAAAGCUUGAGCGUCUGGAGUCAGCAGCUGAAGAGCUGGCACAGAAGAUCCCCCCAUCCAGUCCGGCUAAAGUGACCCCUGUGCAGUGCAACAUCCGGAAUGAAGAAGAGGUGAAGAACCUGAUGGCCUCCACCCUGAAGCUCCAUGGGAGGAUCGACUUUUUAGUGAAUAAUGGAGGUGGACAGUUUUCCAGCCCUGUGAACAUGAUGAGUGCAAAAGGCUGGAAUGCUGUGAUUGACACCAACCUCAACGGAACGUUCUUAUGCUGCAAAGAAGCAUACAAUGCAUGGAUGAAAGAUAAUGGAGGUGUGAUUGUGAACAUCAUUGCGGACAUGUGGAAGGGUUUUCCUGGAAUGGCGCACACAGGAGCGGCCCGAGCUGCAGUGGACAACCUGACCAAGAGCCUGGCCAUUGAGUGGGCUGACAGUGGCAUCCGGGUCAACUCUGUGGCGCCGGGAACUAUCAUAUCAAAAACCGCAAUGGAAAACUACAAAGAAUAUGGUCCUACUUUGUUUAAGAUGUCAGUGCCAUUAAGUCCCGCUAAAAGACUUGGUGUUCCUGAGGAGAUAUCACCAGCUGUAUGUUUCUUGCUGUCUCCGGCUGCCAGCUACAUUACUGGAGCAACCCUGAAGGUCGAUGCAGGACAGAGCCUAUACCACUCUGUGUGGGAAAUCCCAGACCACAGUGCCUGGCCUCCAGCCCCAGAUGGAGAAAAUACAGACACACUGAUAGAAAUCAUGAAAAUGACCAAAUCCAAGCUGUGAAUCAUAACAAAACAAGUCUAGACUGUCAAACAGCUGCUCUUCAUCACAGCGUGGGUGGAGCACAAGUGUUUUUUUUCUUUGCUAGGAAUUGUAACGCGUCUCGACUGUGGCUUUUGAGUGAUGCUCACUGAAUUUUAGCAUUAUCAUUGCAUAAUUAACCUCUAAUAGUUCUUGAUUAUGUGCUUAAUCAAUGUAAAUAUGUGUAAUAAUAUGAUAUUGUGAAUAUAACAUUUGUAAUUGUGAGAUUUCUAAAAAAGAACAUG